CCGCCGCGGCUGGGAAAAGAGCAGACACAUCCGCUUCACCCUGCCGGACGAUGACUGCUGCAACGGGCUGGAAAAUGUCAGUAAUGUGUGAGAAACACACUGUAAGCACAUCCCAACACAGAGAAAGGUCUCUAUUGCAGGACGAGUUGGACAAGCAAGGUGCAGGGACAGCAGCAGCAGUGUGUCAGUUUCAACCAGCAGUCAUGAAUGAGUCCUUUGAGCAAGCAGUGGAGGAUGUGAAGUCACUGAAACAAAGACCCGGCUAUGGAGUGCUGGGGGAUGUGUAUGGUUUAUAUAAGCAAGCCACAGUUGGCGAUGUUAACAUAGCGCGUCCAGGGAUGUUUGACCUUGCAGGACGAGGAAAAUGGGAUGCAUGGGAACGUAGGAAAGGUAUGUCCAAGGAGGAAGCAAAGGCCGCCUAUGUAAAGUUGGUGGAGGAGCUGAAGAAGGAAUAUGGGUUCUAGAGUCUGUCUCUCGCAAAUCAUUUUGUAACGUAGCUUUUUCAAAAUCACACGUCUUGUUCUUAAAAGUAACUCAAAAUUAAAGUCCAAUUUUACAUGCUGCUACAA